CCUUCGACACAGUUCGUGCGGCUACAAUUCGCAUUCGUAUUCUUAAUAUAGCACACUUUACGACCAACGUUGCGACUGAGAUCUUGAUCAAAGUGAAGGAUAAUGAUCGCCUCCGGCAGUAUCUCGCAACCCAGAUGAAAUCGCGCUUAGCAAACAGGAUCGCAACUGCAUAUACAGAUGACCGAUUGUUCUCAAUCGAUCUCGUUGGUGCUGUUCUUCGACAAGCCUCUUUCGUAAAGAAGAUGGUGGACCUCGGAUGGACUUCGCCAACAUAUUUCAGCUCGGACGCUCGCUCACAAUUGCUCGUGAAUUCAAUUAUGAAAUAUCAUGGGUUCAUUGGACUAAUGGCGUCUUCACCCCGUGAAUUCUUCGUCCCCACGCUCGAUAUUGAUCUUGUCUGGCACACACAUCAGUUGAAGGGUACGAAAUACCUGACUCACUGCCGCCGUUUGGUGGGACGUUAUGUUGACCACAACGAUAAAGUUGAAGAGGGCAGGCUGUCUGAUGCAUUCGAUUCGACUUCACGUGCAUGGAUCGCUCGAUAUGGAGUCCCAUAUAUGCAAUGUGGAUGCCCGCCACCCGAAGACACGAUUGGCCAGAAACUGCGACGUAUCUUCAGUACAACAGCUCUGCGAAAGAAUGCGCGAGGUUCGAAAACAGCAGGUCGACUUGGAUGGAAGAGCGGUAACACAUCCCAGCGACCAUAAUGCUGUGCAUGUAAUGGGCAAUGGUGCUUCACCGGCAGCAUGCCCAAAAGCAAGACGAAGCCAAAUAAUUCGACUCACGAACAAGCCUUUCACCCUGUUGCACUGACAGGUGGCGUGAGCGCCUCCAACACUGGGUGGAUGUGUUUCUGAUUUACACCACACCGUCGACAAGUCGCACGGAGCCACUUGCGCAGUGGGAGCUGGGGUCUGUUCCACAACGAGCGCUGCUUGUGGAUGGGUGUCUGAA